ACCCUCGGCUGUUGACUUAGUUCCUUUCGUAUUGUAAUAAAACACUAUGACAAAAGCAACUGGGGAGGGGCAGAUGUUUAUUACUUUGGCUGGUUAUGCCAAUGGCUUACAGGCUAUCAUUUCAGGGAAGAUUCAGGAGCAGGCAGGGAUGUGAUGGCUGCCUGGACCAUCAUACUCAGGAAGCAAAGAACAGGAAACGAAGCCUGUUAAUAAAGAAUCCCUUAUUUCCAAACCAGCCUCCCGCACUGAGGACCGCAGAGGCAUGUGAGCCUAUGAAGGCUGUUUAACACCAAACGCACCACAUCCAUGUGUUGUGAAUAUCUCUUUGUGUCAGUACGUAUCAUUACAGCAUAACUUAAUGUCACUUGGGUGUGUGUGUGUGUGUGUGUGUGUGUGUGUGUGCACGCGCGUGUGUCCAUGCAUGUGCAUUUGGAGAGCAAAGGACACGGUGAGCAUCCUUACUCACCUUACCAUGUGGGUCCUAGGGAUCUCGGACUUAGAUUGUCAGACUUGACGGCAAGCACCCUGACCUGCUGGCCCUCUCAGGCCCCUACAGCAUCACUUCUUAUUCUAGCAAACUGUAUAUAACACCCCUCAUGGUUUUAUUCAUUUUGUAAAAGGUUGUUUUGGAUUUUACUUGAUGUGCUUUGCGUGCUUAUAUGUCUGAGCACCACUGUGUGCAGUGCCUUCAGAGGGCAGAGGCAGAAGGUCUAAUCCUCUAGAACUGGGUUGCAGGCAGUGGUUAGCUGCCAAGUGGAUGACUGGAACCCUGGUCCCCUGGAAGAGCAACCAAUGCUCUCACCUACUAAGCCGUCAUCUCUCCAGCCCCUAUCCUAGCCAUUUUAAGUGGGUAUUUCAAUGGCAUCUCAUACACAUUAUUUUACAGCCAUUACCUCCAUCGUCACCAGAGGUUUUAAAGCUUCUCAAACGGAAACUAUUCAUUGAACAGUGUUCUUAAUGGCAUAUAUAUAUGCAUAUGUAUAUGUGUAUAUGUACAUAUAUGUGUAUAUAUUUCAUGUAAUUUAUUUCUUGCUGUUAUAUAUCCAGGUAUAUUUUCUACAAUAAAUAUCCUUGGUGCUGGAGAAAUGGCUCCACACUACCUGAGUUUAGUUCAUAGCAUUGAUAUUAGGUAGAUCACAAUUUCCAGCGAGUCUUUCUAUCAUUUCUUUGAGUUCUCUGGCAUACCACAUAGGCACGCAUUUGUCAGUCCGAGAAGCAAAGGUUGCUUAGAGGGUUUUGUUUUGGUUUUUUUUUUUUUUUUUUUUUGAGAAUUGUUUUGUUUUUGCCCCACUCCUCUGGUGCUUGAUCAAGGUGCAUGCUUCGAGUUAACACUCAUCGUUUGGAUAAUAAACACAGAUGGUUUUUUAAACCUGCACGCUGUACUGUCUUGAUUUCGAAUCUGGAAAGUAGAUCAGUUUUUUAAGUACAACAAAUUAGGUGGUGUUAUGUCUGAUUUUCCAUUUCCCACCCUUACCCCUCUCGUGACACAUUAAGACCUUCCAGCCUUCACGUCGCUUGAAGUCUGUGAAGUGCAGCUUUGCGUCUCAGGUGGAAGCUCCACAGUCACCUUUACGUGUAGUUAUCAAAUCCAGAGGCAUCAGUACACUGAGGCUCAGUCUGCGAUUUUCUCAUGCUGCUUUUCUGACGAUCCCUCUUUGGCAGCCGCCGCUUUGCAGAGAGUGUAGAACUGCAGAUCGGGGAAACAACCCUCUGAGGUCCUCAGCCCCAGGCUCAACCCUGCUGCUGCUUCCUGGCGUUUACCAAUUUGGCUAGAGGAAACCAGAACCAGGGGCUGGCUGGGUGAGGGUACACUGCCGCGGGCGUCCAGUGUGAGGCGGGAGGCGGCCACCAGAGGGCAGCCUAACGCUCGCCUCCGACCGCUUCCGGCCGCGCAGGCGUUCUGGGAUGCGAGCCGGAUUUGGUGGUCUCCAGCCUAAGCAGUGAGCAUACAGCCGCUGGUCCUUUUUCACCGUUAUCAACUAGCCGUCGAGUUUAAACAGUGCCAGACGUUCCUACUCAGCCGGCUACACAUAUUCUCUAAGCUCUGGGCAGUCCACAAGAAACAGUUCCCAGAUCCGCAAAUGGAGAAUGUGAAAGAACAACCAUGAGGCUUCACCAACACUCGGUGUGAAUGAGGACAUCAGAGGUGCACCAUUGCGUGCUAUGUGAAUGCAGUAUCUGCAGAGGCCAGAAGGCACCUUCAGAUCUCCCGGGACUGGAGUUCUAGAGUCUGUGAGCUGCCAUGGGGAGCCAAGCAGGGCACUGAGGGACACAGGCGUGUGGUUGGAGGCCUUGCUGGGAGGAAAAAGAGACUGCUGAAGGUUUGUCAGCUGUUAACCCAGUUUACUGCCAGGAUCUUUGCAGUUGGAGGCCUUUCCCACCCCAAGCCACCCUGUGCACCUGCAGAAGAGCUGCCUUUGCUUCUGUCCCUCGGGGCUGGGCUGCUCAGCGAGCAUAAGGACUGACAUGGGACAGCAACAUGGAGCCAGGAAUGGUCUUACCCACAGAGAGCUCCCCCGGGGCAUGGGGCUACUGCUCGCCAUGGCCCUUAUGAACGUGGUCCUCUACGUCUGCCUCGAUCAUCUCUUCAUCUCCCCUGGGCGAGCUACUGAGGACCCUCGGCGCUGCCCUCCGGGUUACUUCAGAAUGGGGCGGAUGAGAAACUGCUCGCGCUGGUUGUCCUGUGAGGAGCUGAGGACGGAAGUCAGGCAGCUGAAGCUCGUUGGGGAAGGAGCCGUGAAGAGAGUCUUUCUGUCUGAAUGGAAUGAACACAAAGUCGCUCUCUCCCGGCUCACCAGGCUGGAAAUGAAGGAGGACUUCCUACAUGGACUGCGGAUGCUGACAUCGCUACAGAGCCAGCACGUGGUCACACUGGCCGGCUUCUGUGAGGAAGACGGCACGAUUCUCACCGAGUACCACCCCUUAGGUUCCCUGAGCAACCUGGAAGAAACACUAAACCUUUCAAAGUACCGAGACGUGAACACUUGGCAGCACAGGCUGAGGCUAGCCGUGGAGUACGUCAGCAUCAUUAACUACCUGCACCACAGCCCCCUGGGCACGCGGGUCAUGUGUGACUCUAACGACCUGCCCAAAACGUUGUCCCAGUACCUGCUGACAAGUAACUUCAGCAUUGUGGCUAACGACCUGGACGCGCUGCCCCUGGUGGACCACGGCUCUAGGGUACUUGUGAAGUGUGGCCACAGGGAGCUCCACGGGGAUUUCGUGGCCCCAGAGCAGCUGUGGCCCUACGGAGAAGACACACCCUUCCAAGAUGACCUCAUGCCCCCCUAUGAUGAGAAGAUUGACAUCUGGAAGAUUCCGGACGUCUCCAGUUUCCUUCUGGGGCACGUGGAAGGGAGUGACAUGGUUAGAUUCCAUUUGUUUGAUAUCCAUAAGGCGUGUAAGAACCAGUUCCCCGCAGAGAGACCCACCGCUCAGAACGUUCUAGACGCCUACCAGAAGGUUUUCCACUCCCUCCGAGAUACCGUGAUGUCGCAGACGAAAGAAAUGCUGUAAAAAUACACCAUUGAGUGAUGGCUUCUGGCUGAUUGGUGUCCCAGCUGUUCUUGAUGAUGGAGGAGGAACUUUGGAUGGAUGGACGUUGACCCCGGCCAUUCUGCCACGGAUGCCCUCCUCUAUGCUGGCACAUUUGAGUGUUUUGCUCUCCUGGGAACAGGAUUGGUAGGUCAAAGGGAGUUCAAAGGGAGCGAUCAAAUGGCAAUCUUGAAGACAUGUUGCCUGCCCUGGGAACAGUUUUUAUACACUAGUAGGAAACAGACAUCUUUCAGUGACCAUUUGUGGAAAACAAAACAAAACACAACCCACUAGUUCCUCAGAGACCAUCUCUCCUAAUUCAAAAAGCUCUCCUGGAAGCUGGGGAUGUUUUAGCUCAGUGGCAGGGCACUUGGCCUGGUUAUGUACAAAGCUUUGGAUCUGACCCUUAGCGUGUGCACACACACUCUUGCUCGAACAGUGACCAUAGCAUGUGCACACACACUCAUGCUCGAACAGUGACCAUAGCAUGUGCACACACACCCAUGCUCAAACAGUGACCAUAGCAUGUGCACACACACUCAUGCUCAAACAAUGGCCAUCCUGGAUGCCAGAAGUGUGCCCCUCUUUCUUGUCAGUGAGGUCGUUGUCAGCGUUGGUGAUGGUUUUCUGUGACGUUCCUACUCUGUCUCCUGUCACUGAGCCAAGUAUGUAUGGCUUUUAGGCACUUUGUGGGUUCUUCUUUCUUCCACCCUGGUUCUUCCCUUUCAACCCCCUAACACUGGAUAGGAGAGAAAAGACAGAGAAAGGAGAGCGGGUGACGUUGUUGUUAGACUACUUCCUGUCGAUAAGGGGCAUCGAGUUCCUUGAAGCAAAUCUGAUCUUUGCUGUCGGGAUAUCUGAUCUCUUGUUUCCUGCUACUUCACAAAUGGCAACCAACAGCAAACAACAAACAACCCAUCCCGGGGGUCCUAGCAUUUAUAUACCUAUGAAAAGUCCCCAGAAUUCCAAACAUCACGCAAUCAAAGGAACUCUCUGCAGCUGACAGAACCACACCCCUGCUAGAGCACCAGGCAAAUCAUAGUCAGCUGUCGGGAACAACCUGAAGCAGCCCCACGUCCCACACCUGAGAUUAAAACGAAAACAUUCUGAUCUGUGUUUUCAAAGAAGUCAAAGUGCACCAUGGCGGGGUUGGGGAUUUAGCUCAGUGGUAGAGCGCUUGCCUAGCAAGCACAAGGCCCUGGGUUCGGUCCCCAGCUCCGAAAAAAAGAAAAAAAAAAAAAGUGCACCAUGGCAGCAUGCCUUUGAGAUUGUCGAUGUCUAGAAAUGUUUGGAGCAGCAAGUUGAAGGAACGUUCUUACCUGCCUUGGAGGGUGCUUUGAAAUUCCUGCUGACCUGGAGUCUCUUUCUGUGUGAAUGUUUCACAUCCAGUGUCCCUCUGUACUAGAAAGUACUGAGCCUACCCUGGGCUUGCGUGACUGUUCUUUAAAACAUCGAGGAGCCACGAAUGCUGGUGCCCACCUGUAAUUCCAGCACCUGGGAGACAGGAGGAUCCAAGAGUUCAGGGCUAUCCUGGGCUAUAGACCAUGGCCCUGUCCACCCCCACCCCAAUAAAAAACAAAAAGGUC